UUGCGUUGUUCAUUCUGUUUGCCCUGGUUCUGUUUCCACUCCGUCGCAUGUGUUGUUCCCGUCUUUGGGGACAGAAAGCGGUGGCCGAACGGGUUAACCUCCCCGCACGGGGUGGGCUGGCAUGCCGCAGCCGGAGCGGGAUCCAGUGAGGCGCGGUGCAGGAAAAAAAACACAUCGACGCUGAGGGCAAGAACCAAAAUGGCGACCGCCGGUCCAGCUGAUCCGGGCUCGACGGCUCCUACAGACCCGAAUCUUCCUUUCUGGAGAAGAAUAGCUUGUGGAGUGUCCGGUGGUAGUCAAAAGGGAGCUUCAGAUAUGCCAGGCAGCUCCCAGAGCAUGAAGAAGACCAUCGGUCACCGAGGGGUUGACCCCACAGGAGAGACCACCUACAAGAAGACGACCUCCAGUGCCCUCAAAGGUGCCAUCCAGUUGGGCAUCGCGCACACCGUGGGCAGUCUGAGUCAGAAGGCCGAGAGGGAUGUCCUCAUGCAGGACUUUGUGGUGGUAGAGAGCAUCUUCUUCCCCAGUGAAGGGAGUAACCUGACCCCAGCACACCAUUACAGCGAUUUCCGGUUCAAGACCUACGCCCCUAUCGCCUUCCGCUACUUUCGGGAACUCUUCGGCAUCCGGCCAGAUGACUACCUGUAUUCCCUGUGUAACGACCCCUUGAUUGAGCUCUCUAAUUCUGGCGCGAGCGGCUCCCUCUUCUACGUCUCCAGUGACGAUGAAUUCAUCAUCAAGACUGUGCAGCAUAAAGAGGCAGAGUUCUUGCAGAAACUUCUGCCUGGAUACUUCAUGAACCUGAACCAGAACAAGCGUACACUGUUGCCCAAAUUCUACGGACUGUACUGUGUCCAGGCGGGUGGCAAGAACAUUCGCAUCGUGGUGAUGAACAACCUGCUGCCGUCUGCCGUUCAAAUGCACCUCAAGUACGACCUGAAAGGCUCCACUUACAAGCGGCGUGCGUCGCCCAAGGAGCGCGAGAAGGCCGUGCCCACCUUCAAAGACCUGGACUUCAUGCAGGACAUGUCUGAAGGACUCCUGCUAGAACAGGACACCUACAAUGCCCUUUGCAAGACCAUCCAGAGGGACUGCCUGCUGCUGCAAAGCUUCAAGAUCAUGGACUACAGUCUGCUGAUGGGCAUCCACAAUGUGGACCAGGCCUGCCGGGAGCGAGCCGGCGAGGGCGCCGGUCCUGAAGGAGCGAUUUCUUCCGAUCAGAAAAGGCCACCAGGCCAGAAGUCCUUGUAUUGCACGGCCAUGGAGUCCAUUCAGGGGGAGGCGCGAGGCAAGGGGGCACAUGACUCGGAGGACCAGAUGGGGGGAAUUCCAGUACGCAAUGGCAAGAAUGAGCGGUUGCUGCUUUACAUCGGCAUCAUCGACAUCCUGCAGUCAUACCGGUUUACCAAGAAACUGGAACACUCGUGGAAGGCACUGGUGCACGACGGGGACACAGUAUCGGUGCACAGGCCAAGUUUCUACGCAGACCGUUUCCAACGCUUCAUGUGCAAUAGCGUCUUUAAGAAGAUCCCACUGAAAACUUCGCCGUCUAAGAAGAGCCGCAGUGGAGGGCAGGUAGGCCUGCGGAGGGCUCAGACGGUACCCAGCGGGCCUUCCCAACAGUCGCAUGUGGCCACGACAUCAGGCAUCGACUCCCGCAUUGUGUACCGCUCCCACCUGAGUCACAUGGAGUCUGAUGUUGAAAGUGGCAUGCAUUCGGGCCGUCCAGACUUGCUGCCGAGAAUGUCUCCCUUAGAUGGUGUAGCUGACAGCGUAGUGGAGACGACGUCUGAAGCUUCCCCUCCCUUUCGCUCUGUUGGAGUCGAAGUGCACAAAUCGGCCAGUGUAGACCAGGACUGCAGCAGCCCUCACAGGGUUGAAGAGACAAUCCCAGAGGAGCUCCAAGCCAGUGCAGAUGUAGUUUCUUGCCAAGACACUGUCCUGGAGACCAAUGUCUUUUUUUGAAAGGGAAGGGUGUCUCUUCGAGUGAGAAAAUGGAUUUUUUUUUCCCCCUCAUUCCUUUGAACUUUUUUUUUUUUUUUUUUUGGGCUCAGCACCCUUUGGUGGAAAAGCUGGCCUGAUAAUUUUGGGGUGGAGGAUUUGUUGGGGCUGAGUGCUUUGGCUUGUCUGACCAGUCCUUCACGACCGUAGGUCCUUGCUGCUAGGAAAUUCAACUACGUUGCAGGUGCUGUAUUACUACGCUGACUUAAACUGUUCAAGUCCUGCACACAGCUGGUGUUACAGCGUUUCUGUUAGUGGACAGAUUUGCCAUUUCAUUGGAGUCUGGGUCGCAUUGCAUUUAAGUGCCUGAUUUGUGAGUUGUGCUCUUCAGUAUUGGGUCAGUUAAUACAGGUGGAAAUCUGACAAAGCAGAUAUUGAAAGAUCAGCUGAUACACUUGCAUUUCCAUUAUUUUGGGUUUGUAUGUGGACACGUGUGCUGUGCUAGAUCUUUGCUGUACCUGCACUCUGCUGCUCAGCAACUAUUUCAUACGAAAGGGCAGUUUAGAUAAGGGUUUCUCAGCCCGGUCCUCAGGAACCCCCAGAUUCAUGUUUUUGCUUCCCCUCGCUUCCUGCCAGAGGAAUGGGAGCAAAAAAUGUGUACUGUCUGGGGGUCCUUGAAGACCCGGCUGAAACACCAGAUCUAGUGUUUGGUAAUUAUGGUAAUUUGGGGGGGGGGGGGGGGUUGGUAUCUUGUUUGUUUUUCGCAAAGCCUUCUGAGAUGUUCUUUAAAUCGUUGGAUGACUGAAUGAAAGGGAGUCUAACUGUGCCGCGACUAAUUCUGCAUGCUCUGACAUUCUGCACACCAAAGCAACUGACAAGGUUUUUAUUCCAUUGUUUUUUCUUUUUGUUUUAAUGCAUGGAAGUGUGCUGGCGCUGUCUGACUUUUUUGCUUGGACGAGUAUGACUGUCAACCCUGACGUUUGUUCAGAUGCUGAAUACACUGUCCACGAUGAGCUGUGACUUUUUAAUUCCCUUCGGCCAGUUUGCCAAGUCGUCCAUGAAAGCACCUGCUUAUGUUGACUGCUCGUCUUGCCUGUAUAACAUGUCAUGCUGUUGGCCAAUCCAUGAAAGACCCGUCUGUGCUUCCUCUUCUGUUGUCCUCCGCAGUGUAUGAGGUUUGGAGGGCGAUGCUCGUCUUGUUUACUGCCUACAAUAUUAUCCCUUCAGACUGUCACUUCCCCAGUACUAAUAAGAGGAAGGUUGUGGUUAAUUUCUGCUGGUUUCAGAGAUGACUGCAACCAUUUAAAGGACCAAUUUGUAUAAUCUGAACAUUUGUCUUGAUUUCAUAAUGGAGCUGUUAUAUAUGUCCAUGCAUGCAAAUUUUAGCGCGUGACUUUUUAGUCAGGGUGUCUGUGGUCUGGUGCUUACCGAAAUACAGAUAUUGUGUGGGUACAUUUAGCUCGAAAGGCUUAAUGUCACUUGGGAAGUAAGUUGUAAUAUGCAUUUUGCUUUGUAUGCUGUAGUACAGACCUUACCUGUGUAAGGGUAUUUGGGUUAUACACCCUCCCAAUGUGAUGCCCAAGAGCAAUAUGUCAUGUGGAAAAACUGCAUCAGUACAGCACAGCAUCAAUACAACAGUGUUAAAGUGGUGACUUGGGUGCCCAUGUGCUACUGUGGUUUACGAAUGUGCACAUGGACUUAAUACCUUAAACCUUAUAUCAUCAUUGGGUGGGGGGGGCUAUUGUGUGCUUCCUUAUGGAAAUGGAGAUGAUGUAAAAUGUGUUUGGAAUGUUUUUUUGGUUUGUUUUUUUGUAAAUACUGGAUACAAACGGCAUCAUAGACCAUAAAAGGCAAUCAUUUGCUAAGAAACUGGAAGCUGAAAAUAGCCACGAGGCAUCUCCUCCCAUAGAAAGGACAGUAGCCAAGGCAUCAUUACGAGAGAUGGGCUUGAGCUUUUGAGUCACACUGGAAAUGGCAUGUAAUGGAAAAAAAACAUACUGGUUGAAGGAUCUCCUCUAAAAGGUUGGCGGUCGUUUCGUGCAGCCGUUGUGCCGGAUUCAACGUGAUCCACGGCAGACUGGGAUGUUACAAAAUGAGCCUUAAUACGGAUCAAGCUGGUUCAGGUGGAGUGUGAAGGAUUCUACAUCGCUGUCCCUGAGUUGACUUGGCUGCUCUGGUUUGAUUUGAGCCUUGUCAAGAUCUUCAGUAGGAAGGUGCUGGAUUCGUUCCGUUCUGCACCUUGCUAGACUUUGCCAGGUCAUAUUUGCAGUAUUCGUAUGAAGGUUCAUCGGUCUCGUACACGCUGCGUGGAGGCACUUCAAGCUUGCGUGUCAAAGCAAUGCUUCAGAUGAUAUCUGCAAUACAGAAACUGAAUACCUUCGUUGCUGCUUUGACAGGACACAAGAAGCCAGUGGAAUACAGCUGUAGAACUCAAAGCCCAAAUGAGCCUGUUGACGUUGUACUUUCCUUUCUUGGAUAUAUUAAUAUAUAUUGAUAUUUGCAGCCUUAAUUUAUGGCGGUCAUCUGCACACUGUGGCCCAUUUCAAUAAGUUUAUGUAAAUUUUAAGAGAGCUAUGAACAAUGGUGUCCUAAUUUAGUUACUACGUUGAUAUUCAAGUGAAGACCUUAAAAUGAAGAUGUCUCUUUGGCUCCACUAAACACAGUUUGAGUCUUAAGGAACCUUUGGAGAUGACGGACUUGGCGAAGUUGGGAAAAGUGGCAGUUCCACCAGGCGAAAGACUACUACUUUGUUCAGUGGCCACUAUGAAUGUGUUGCGGCUACACAGGUCUCGCCUCUGGAUAUCAUUGCCUAUUCAUCGUUUUUGUACUUCUGCCAAUAAUUGGAAGAAUUAGUUGCUAAGCUUUAUCCAUGAUGGUUGGAUGCCAAAGAUGCCUGUCAAGCCCGCCCACCCCACCCCCCAUUCCCAAAUUCUAAAUUCUGAAACCUUGUAAAAAAAAUUAUUUGCAAACUGUUGGCUUGCAAAUGAAUGGGGUCAGUCCAGUACCUUGCAUUACACACUCAGAAAUGAUAUGAGUUGAUGUUGGUUGAUCGAUCAUUGCACACGUGCAUCUUCAGGCCUUACGUGUGCAUGGAUUUUUAUAAAGUAGUUUAUAGAAAGCACUAAAACAGCAUAUCUGUACUACAAGAAACAUCUCCUGUUAUCUUGAGGAGCCAGGCUUAUAUUUUCAUAAAUUAUUACAGAAAUAUUGUGUACUUAUGGUAUUUUGUAUUCAGUUAAGGAGUCUGCAUUAGGAGUACUUGAUAGCUGUUUUUACAUUGUAAUAAACCUGAUUUGUUAAAAUCCACUCAUGCUUUUUCAUGUAAAUGUGCUGCAGUAACGGAAAUACACCCGUUUUGCUCGUUUGUCUUCAAUUUUUACUUUGUAUAAACUCAGUGUGUAUAUAUGUCACAGAAUUGCCUUUUCCUGUGUUGUAUAUUACUUGUAAUUACAGCCAUUUUAGUGGUGUGGUGCAUUUUCCAUUGUUCGUAGAAUUUUAUUAAAAAAUAAAUCCAGUAUUGUGUAAAA